AUGGCAAGCACUGCUGGUCAGAUCAUACGUUGCAAAGCUGCUGUGGCAUGGGAAGCUGGAAAGCCACUGGUGAUUGAAGAAGUGGAGGUGGCACCACCUCAAGCUAUGGAGGUUCGUUUGAAGAUCCUCUUCACUUCUCUCUGCCAUACUGAUGUUUAUUUCUGGGAAGCCAAGGGGCAAACCCCAGUAUUUCCUCGCAUAUUUGGUCAUGAAGCUGGAGGGAUCGUUGAGAGUGUUGGUGAGGGUGUGACAGAUCUCAAGCCUGGUGACCAUGUGCUUCCUGUCUUCACAGGAGAGUGCAAGGAGUGCCCGCAUUGCAAAUCAGAGGAGAGUAAUAUGUGUGAUCUUCUUCGGAUCAACACGGACCGAGGAGUGAUGCUGAAUGAUGGCAAGUCAAGAUUUUCAAUUAAAGGGCAGCCCAUUUACCAUUUUGUUGGUACCUCCACCUUCAGUGAGUACACAGUGGUUCAUAUUGGCUGUGUUGCCAAGAUCAAUCCUGCUGCUCCUCUUGACAAAGUUUGUGUCCUAAGCUGUGGAAUCUCUACAGGUCUUGGUGCCACCUUGAAUGUUGCAAAACCAAAGAAAGGCUCCUCUGUGGCCAUUUUUGGACUGGGAGCUGUAGGCCUUGCUGCUGCUGAAGGUGCUCGGAUUGCUGGCGCUUCAAGGAUUAUUGGUGUUGAUUUGAACGCCAACAGAUUCAAUGAAGCAAAGAAAUUUGGGGUGACGGAGUUUGUGAACCCAAAAGAUCAUGACAAGCCUGUUCAAGAGGUUUGUAAGAGGAUCAAUCAUGUUUUGGAGGAAAGAGUGAUAGCUGAGAUGACUGAUGGAGGAGUAGAUCGAAGUGUUGAGUGUACUGGAAGUAUCAGUGCUAUGAUUUCUGCCUUCGAAUGCGUCCAUGAUGGUUGGGGUGUUGCUGUACUAGUUGGCGUGCCAAGCAAAGACGAUGCUUUCAAAACCCAUCCAAUGAAUCUCUUGAAUGAGAGGACACUCAAGGGUACUUUCUUUGGAAACUAUAAGCCGCGCUCUGACCUUCCUUCAGUUGUAGAGAAGUAUAUGAACAAGGAGCUGGAGAUAGAGAAAUUUAUCACCCAUGAAGUCCCUUUCUCUGAAAUCAACAAGGCUUUUGACUACAUGCUCAGUGGAGCUAGCAUCAGGUGUAUUAUCCGGAUGGAUGCAUAA